UCAAAAGAGUAAAAUAAAAAAGCUUUGACCCCACACGGUUCAUGUCUGCGUUGUAUUCGGCACAACUAUGAGCCGACUACGUAUGCGUCUCGCAGUAACUCUCUCAUUACUCAUUACUCCAUUCAUGAAUUAUACCUUUUUUUCUUUUUUUUUCUCCCACCCACAUUUCUUUCUUUCUCACUUUAACUGUAAAUUCACCACCAACACUAAUAAUAACGACAGCCAUCAAUGUCUCAAGGCUCUUCAACAGCACCUCAGGUAGAUCUCUCCAAGGCUGUCGGUUUCCAGCCUCCGCCUCAGCGUGUGAUCUACACAGCACGAGACCUGAUGCUCUAUGCUCUCUCCAUCGGCGUCCAACCCUCAGAGCUUCAUUUCUUAUACGAAAACGACCGCAACUUUUCGGCCUUCCCAACAUAUCCUCUUGUCUUGGGACUUAAGAAAGACAACCAUGGUGUAUCCGUUUAUGGUGCAGGCGGAAAAGAGGAUAUUCCAGGAAUCCCUUCCUAUGACCCCAACAAGCUUGUACAUGGUGACCAGUCGCUCGAGAUCUUGAGAUAUCCUUUACCGCUCGAAGGCACAUUCGAAUUGCAUACCAAAGUCACUGGUGUCUAUGAUAAGGGUAAAGGCAUGGUCAUUGAACGCACCACCACCAUGGUUGAUCCUAAGGAACCCAAUAAACCCUAUGCUUCCAUGAAGGGCUCUGCCUUUGUGAGAGGUGCCGGUGGCUGGGGUGGUCCCAAGGGUCCUAAGCCUGAGGCCUUGGAUCCUCCUAAGGAUAAGCAACCUGAUGCUUCAUAUGAGGACAGAACCACGGAUGAUACUGCUAUCUUGUACCGUCUUUCUGGUGACUAUAAUCCUCUUCAUAUUGAUCCUACAAUUGCUCCUCGCGUUGGAUUCAAAAAACCAAUCUUGCAUGGCCUCUGCACUUAUGGACACGCUGCACAUGCUGUCCUUAAGACCUUUGCAUCUUCUGACCCCAGUGCACUCAAGUCCAUCACCGGUCGUUUCACAGCUCCCGUUUACCCUGGAGACACACUCGUCACCAACAUGUGGAAGGUCCCGAGUGAUCACAAAGACCAAGAGAAAAUCAUCUUUCAAGUCGUUGCCAAAGAGUCCAACCAGAUUGUCAUCAACGGAGGAUGUGUCGUCCUCUGGAGUAAGGGCAAGAGGCCUGAGAGCAAAUUGUAAAAUAAGAAUGUUCCAUGAUGAGAACAAAACAGAGUACGCUCAAUUCAGAGUUCAAAAAAAUGCAAGACGUUCGUGCUUGAUAAAAAAAAAAAGAUAUCGUUUAUUUCGAGA